AUGGCCGUCAGCCUCGCCGAGCUCGACGCCCACGAGCAGCCCUCGGACGCGAUGCGCGCCGAGUGGAAGGCCUUUUCCAAGCAGGAGCCCGAGGCCCUCGCGCGCGACCCGCGCAUCGAUGACCCCCGCCUGCUGCCGCUCGAGAGAUCUGGCUUCCAGGCGACGGCCGCGCCGAUCAAGCGGGAGCAGCUGGAGCGGGCGUUUUCGGAUCUGGACCCGGAGUUGGCGAGUCUCGCGCGGGAGGAUGCGCCUGUCUUGUUUCACCCUUUGCUACCGGGCCUUCUUAUUGUUCCGUCGCUUGUGCCGCCGCCGGUACAGGUCGCGCUGCUGGAUAGGAUGCUGCAUCGCGAUCUCAGCAAUCCGGCUCACCAGACGAAUAUGCACCUGCACUACACCCUCCCCUAUCCCGCUCCCGUCUCAUCAUCACCACCGCCCUCCUCCUCCGCGCCCUUUUCUUCACCUCCCUCCUCAUCACCAUCACCACACGCAUCCUUCUUCUCCCUCCCACCCGACCAGCCCAGCACCUUCACGCCCCUCGACCCCACCAUCCACAAGCCCCUCUCCGCGCGGCAAGUCCUCCAGCGACGCCUUCACUGGGUCACCCUCGGCGGGCAGUACGACUGGACCAACCGCGUGUACCCGGCCGCGCCGCCGCCCGCCUUCCCGCCCGACCUGGCCGCCUUCCUCGAGGGCCUCUUCCCGCAGACGCGCGCCCAGGCCGCCAUCGUCAACUUCUACAGCCCCGGCGACACCAUGAUGAUGCACCGCGACGUCAGCGAGGAGACGGACCGCGGGCUCGUGAGCCUGAGCUUUGGCUGUGAUUGUCUGUUUAUGAUUGCGCCUAGCGGUACGUCUGCGUCCUCCUCGUCCUCUUCCUCGUCUGCAAGGGCGGAGGGCGAGCAGGGCGCGCCUGCUGAAAUGCCGGACGGUGACGGGCAUGACCAAGGGGCCGUUCGCCAGGGGGACAAGGAUGAGGAGAAAAAGUACCUCCUCCUGAGGCUGCGCUCCGGCGACGCGAUAUACAUGACCAAGGAGUCGCGCUAUGCCUGGCACGGCGUGCCCAAGGUGCUCAGGGGUACAUGCCCCGACUACCUCGAGAACUGGCCCGCCGAGGCCGACGGCAAGUACGCCGAGUGGGAGGGCUGGAUGAAGAACAAGAGGAUAAACCUCAAUGUCAGACAGAUGAGGGACUAG